GCCACACUGUGUACUUAGUGAAAAAAAAGGUACAAAAACAGCAGCAGGCUUCACAGCUAACCUGACUCUGCCUGGUAGGUUCUGUGUGCGAAGUCACUCUUCAGUUUUACUGGCAAAUCCAAUAAACCAGUAAAGGACCCAUUUAAAGGGCUCAUUAUGGAAGGCAUCACAGGACACAUUGUGCAGCUAAUGAUAUUGGGCAUUUUGCUGGGUGUGGCCAGCCCAGGACAUGGGGCAAUCCAGACCCCUGACUAUGAUGACACCUCCACACCUGAGAUCCUAAACCCAUCUUGGAUGGCCACCAUCCCUGACGUCUACUCUCUGUCAGAUGUGACAAUGCCUGGCACCCACAACACCAUGGCUCUGUACGGUGGCACACUGGCUGAGUGUAACUCCUGGUACCUUGCCCAACAACUGCGUGCUGGAAUUCGCUUUCUGGAUGUUCGUGUCCGUCACGUGAGAGGCAAAUUGACCAUCCACCAUGGAAUCUCGUAUCAGUAUGCUCAUUUUGGGGAUGUGUUGAUGGACAUUGUGGCUUUCCUAAAGGAUUAUCCUACUGAAACGGUGUUGAUGAGACUUAAGGAAGAGUUGAGUAACACAAACGAUAUCUAUGGGGCAGUAGUGCGAUACAUUAAUGAGUAUGCACACUGGGACCUGCUGUGGCACAGCCGUGAGAUGCCCACUAUGGGAGAGGCACGAGGAAAGUUGAUUGUGCUGCAAGACUUUACUGGCCCUGAGAUUGGAAUGCUCUACAAUUCAUUGGACAUUGCCGAUGACUGGCAGGUGUCCUCUCUGCAGUCAGAGGAUGUGGAGAAGAAAUGGAGAAGUGUCUACAAUCAUCUGGAGGCAGCUGCAGUUAGUAACAAAGGCCGUAUGUUCCUAACCUACAGCAGUGGUGCCAGCAUCCUGGCACACCCUAACGCCCUGGCCAAGCUCAUAAACCCACGCCUGCAUGAAUAUCUGACAGGCUACACUUUUCAAAACAAGCAGUUCGGUAUUGUAACAAUGGACUUUCCUGGUGCAAAGUUAGUGCAAACUAUUAUUGGCUUCAAUUAAAGAGAGACAAUGACAGGAAGUCAGAACCAAUAUGACUAAAAAAACUGGGCAAAAUAAUAAUAAUGUUUAAAAAUAAAAAUAAUCAAAAAUAUAAAAUUACACAAAUUCCAGGUAUAUAAUAUUGUGACUCAAAUUACCCCUAUUUGUGAAAUUUCUGAGCUUGGUGGCAAAUUUGAGAAUAUCGCUUACUGUAAUAAAGCACUUAGACAAAUUUCUGCAAUAACACCAUGUCAUGACAACAUUUUAAAUAAACAUGUUCUCCAGUCUCUCCAUCAGGACUUUAAUUAGACAGCUUAU